AUGCACAUCCCUGCGAGCUGGAAGGUGUUGACCACCCUCCUCGCAACCACCGCCAAUGCCCAUUCUUGGAUCGAACAGCUUAUGGUCAUCAACCCCAACAAUGGCAGCUUCGUCGGUUCUCCAGGUUACCCCCGAGGCUACGUCCCCCGCACAUCGCCCGAUUUUUCGGACGACGCCAUGACCUACCGACUUCCGUCAAAUGGGAUCAACCUUACGAAAGCUGACAAGAUAUGCAUGGAUACCCAGACGAGUCCGGACGACCAAAAGCCCGACUUCCCACGUCUUCAAGCGCAGCAGGGUUCCGCUAUCGCCCUCCGAUACCAGGAAAACGGUCAUGUGACUGAACCUGAGAACCAAAAAGGGAAGCCCCCGAAUCGCGGGACAGUCUAUGUGUACGGCACGACCGAGCCCAGUGACGAUGAUAGGAUCGUCGGCAUCCACAAGGUCUGGAACGAAGACGGUACUGGAGGCGACAAGCGUGGGAGAUUGUUGGCAACGCGAAACUAUGACGACGGUCGAUGCUAUCAAGUCAACGGCGGAACUAUCUCGACGGAUCGACAGGCCAAGUUCAAGCACACGGCAGAUCAACUGAUGGGUACCAAUUUGUGGUGUCAGACUGAUAUCAAACUGCCGGAGGAUGCGGAGGGCGGGAAGCAGUACACGCUGUACUGGGUCUGGGACUGGCCUACCCUCCCUGGUAAGGACGAUUCUUUGCCUAACGGGAAGCCAGAGUUGUAUACGACCUGCAUGGACGUGGAUGUCACUGGAAAAGCAGACACCAACACAAAGGCCCAGGCUAAGUACGAUGAUACACAGUCUCUUAACGACGCUUCCAUUCCGGGUCAAUUUGCGAAACUCUUCUCUCCUGGUUCUGGUUCCGAUUCGGGUUCCGGUUCGGCUUCGCAGGGCGCUGCGAGUGCAAGCUUUGCUGUUGUCGCGAGCUCUGCCGCCGCUCCAUCAGCCCAGCCAUCGUCCAGUUCCCCGGUUCUUCCAGCAAGUUCUGCUGCCGUUCCCUCAGCCCAACCGUCAACGGAUUUACCUGUUCCUCAAGCAGCUGCAAGCUCUGCCGCCGCUCUUUCAGUCAACCUGUUCAAUUCCCCGGGUCAUCCAACUACUUCUUCGGCAGCAAUCUCAGCUGCCCGGUCCAGUUCUCCAGCAAUGUUUGCGGCUCGUCCUUCAAGUGAUCCUGCAAUUUUCGCAGCUCCAUCAGCUUCAUCGUCCGUUCUCAGCAAAUAUCAACAAACGGGGCCUUCGUUCGUCACCCGGACGAAAACAGUACACCAGACCCAUUGCCCAGACGCAUAA